GAUCUUGUCUUCUUCCUGCAGGGAACUGGAAGACAUCCAUCUGAGGACUCUGACAUCACCCAAUGGAACUCUGCCAUCACAGAGAUCUGUUGACGACACGGUGGAAGAUGCUCUGGAUGACACAGAUCCUUCUCUACAAGCUCCCUCAGCCUCUCACUCUGAGAGAAUCGUGGCAGAGCGAUACCGGAAAGGGAAGAAGCAAGUGUAUCGGGUCAGAACCCGUACCACUUCACCCCUGUUCGGCAGGGCUACUCCUGUAGUGACCCCACAGAAGUCAGACAGUGAUGUGCAAUCAGAUAGAAGCAUUCUUCUUGAUAUGAGAUUCAGUAACUCCUUUGACCAAUCACAAUACGUGUCUUAUGUAACAGAGAAUUCAGUGCAAAGCAGCCAAUCUGAGUCAGGUUCACUAAAAUCGAAAAGUCUGAACGAUUUAUUUCAAAAUGAUGUGGAGAAAAGGUUACGAUUGUUGCUUGAGAAUGGUGGUCCACAUUACAACUCUGAGGUCAUAUUAAAUGAUACCUAUAGCAGUUCAACAGACUAUCCAUUGUAUGGUGAUGAACAUUAUGUCAUCAAUGACAACUUUACGCUCAGUCCUAGGUCAGAAACGAAUGAACAAAUGACAGUCGCGAUGGACGACAUUGGUGAAUCAAAGACAGAGGACCUCCUUUCUGAUGACUCCAAAGAUAUGUCAUCACUUGAAUGUUCCAGUUUGAGUGAACAAUCCCCUGUUUAUUCCAAAGUUAAGACAAUCUCAGGUCAGGAAAAAAGUCCAAAGAAGUAUGUGAGUGAAAUAACAGUAUUCCCAAAGUUAUUUGAUGAUAAUAAGGGUAUUAUGAAAACCGUCAAAGAUGAACAUUCGGAAAGCCAAACUCGGAAUGUUGGAGCUUCCAGAGAGAAUUCGUUAACUAGUGACAGUGAUCCGAGUUUCAGUCCACGGAUCAAGGACACUGAUACCGAAUUCUUCAUGGAAGCAGAGUUCCUUGAUGCGGCUAUGAAACCAAAGAAAAGCAGAUUUCAAAAACUGUUUGGUGGCAAGAAGGGUAGGUAUAGCCCGUCUGCCCAGGAUAUGCCCCCAUUGUCUGCUGGAGGCCACAGCCGGCAGGUACCCAGAAAACAAGCAGUGAAAACUGCAGCACCAGAUCUUGUUCUGGCCCAGGAACAUGCCAACCAAAGUCAGACUGACCUAGUCAAGGAAGAGUUAGGUGAAAGUGUGGUUGAUCAGAUGAUCACUGGGCAUUUGGCUCAGCAGUCAAGGAAUUUCAAGGAUGAGAUUACUAAUUCUGGGCAUUUGACUCAACAGUCAAGGAAUUGCAAUGAUGAGAUUACUGAUACUCGGCAUUUGACACAGCAGUCAAAGGAGGUAAGAGUCGAGAGAACUGUGAAGGAUGUGAGGUUUAGUGUUGAAAGAACUCUUGAUGAUACGUGUAUUGAGAGCUACAGUGGGAGUCUGCUUAGAGAAGGAAGAAUUACACCCUGUGAAUCAUCUGUGUUAAGAGACAGGCAUGAACCGGCUGAUGUGAUAAGCAGAGAUGAAAAGGACGGUGUGUUUUUGGCUAGUCCAGUGGUGAUUUCAUCAGGGAGAGGAUCCUGUUUGGAUCUUGGUGUAUCUGAUGACAACAUACCACAACUAGACGCUGUAUCAGAUCCUGACAUGUCGAGAGUGUGCAUGUCGGGGUUUUCAGCACAAACUGAUCAAUCAACUCCGUACAUGUUUGACAGCGUGACAUCCUCAGAAAAGCCUUUGGUGGGCUGUGAAACUAGCAAUACCAUUUCCCACACAACUGACACUGAUGUAGAAUCUUCUAUCAAUACUGCUUCCCACAAAACUGAUGUGAAUGUAAAACUCGGCAGUACUAUUUCCCAUACAACUGAUCCUGAUUUCGUAACCUACAAUACUGCCUCCAACACAACGGAUCAUGACAUGUCAUAUUUCUCAGAAGGUUUUGAUCAUCUUGAAACAUUUGAUGAAAGGUUUGACGGCAGUUUUUCAGUCAGUGGGUCAGAUCACCUGAAUAACUCCCUCUCAGCCAGAUCAAUAUGGAGUGAAUGCAAAGACCUAACGGAGGCAGAUAAUAGUUUUGAGGAUGUCUUUGAUGGCAGUUUCACACCCAGGAGUACUGAAAGUAAGGAGCCAUCUUGUCAAAUUAAAGAAGAAGGUGACUUGAAAGAAGAAAAGGAAAAAUCUUCUGGAUAUGGAUCAGAAAAUUCACGCCAGACUUCAGAGACAAGGGAUGAGCCUUUCAGUGAUGAAGAGAAAUCGAAUCACAGCAAGGUUAUAGUGGAGAUACCCAGGCAUCCAUCUGUAGAUCUGAAUGAUGAAGAUGUGGAUAGGAUAUUUGAGAUGGCUAAGGACCCUCCCACCUUUGCUGCUGUGGAUGAUGCCUUGUCCUUUGGGGAGUUGAACACCGAUUACAGUGUUGUACUUGAUUCGAAAGGGAUGAAUGAUAUUGUUGAAGAAGCUGAACCUGUGGCCUUUCAGGCAAAUUCACCUAUAAAAGUGAAAUCUGAUAGUGAAAGUGGGGAGAUAUGUGAUGAGUCUAUAGUUCCUCAGCUGUCUCAUCAGUCUCCACCCAUGUCCAAAAAUAAGGUUCCCUCAAGACUCUGUAAAGGAAAUAGCCAGAUGACUUCUAGUACUUGUUCUGAUGAUAUAGAAGAUAUUGCAGAUGCAGGAUCCACAGCAUCCAAGCUGUAUGAGAGUGACGAGAUGGGGAUGUCAUCAGAAAGCGAGGCUAUCCGAUCUGCCUUUGACUUCCUCAGUUCAUCAUCAGAAGUUGAGGCUCUGACCUCUGCCCGUGAUAGACUCAGAAUAUUAGAGGAAGAGGACAGUGGAGAAGACGAGGAUUUGGCAUCAUCCAUCAAGAUUCUAUCUGACCUGAGGAAAAGCCUCCUCAGUGAGAAUGAAGACCUACUUUUUGAACAAGGAUUUAUUCAUGAAGAGGUCACUGAAAUUGAAAGGGAAGACUCCAAGCCCCCAUCUCCUCCAACUAUAUCCGAAGAUGAUGACUCCAGUUUCCAAGUGGAUCCUAAACCAGCCGGGAUCCACGUUGAGAUCCAGGUGGACAUACAUCACUCCAAUGUUGAGGACUCGGAUAACGGCAGUGAGAUAGAUGCGCCCCUGGAUGUUCUGGAUGAGGAAACCAUGGUAGGGGCGGGGAUGUUGUUGCUGCCGGAGAAUCAUGUUGAUGAUGAUGAUGAAGCAACAACUCCAAGACCUAUGGAGGAGGAUCUGGAUGCCAGUAUUAAUCCUUUCAAUAGAACGUUCACUGUAUCAGCUGACUGCAAUGGGGAUGAUGUGAGUAUUAAAUCAUCCAAUUUAGCUACCAGCGGUGGCCUGGUGAGAUCGAGUUUGGCAGAUGAGCUGAAGCUCCCACUAUGGGAGAAGUUUCCUGACUUGUCGUCUUCAGAAAAGAGCACGCCAAGAGGAUAUGAAUCUUCAGCUAUGGAAGACAGUAUUCCAGAUAGUUCUUUUGAUGUAAGCUACAGAUCAGUGGAACUUAACAGUGAUGUCAACAAAAUCAUUCCUUCAGUGUCACCAAAGGCUGUUGACAAGUCUGAAACUGAAAAGACUUUAGAUAAUCCAGAGAUGGAUGAGAAAGGCUCCUUGGGUUUAAUCAAAGAAGCUUACAGUGACAGAUCUAGUGGAGGAAUAAGUCAGAGAUACAUAAAGAAGAGUGAGAUGGACAGAAAGAAAGCUCUUCUUCGGCGUCAAAAGGAGGUAGAAAGAGAUGAAGUGAAUGAUGAAGGGGAGGUAAUUGAAGAUGACUGGGAGAGUCAUGGGGAGUGUGUUAGUGAGGAUAUGGACACAGCAGAACUCACUCUUCAUGCACAAAACGAAAGACAGACAACACAUCAGAGUGGAAAUAAUUUCAAGGAAUUAUUUGAAGAUUCUGUUGAUGUGGUAGAUGGUGCAAACAGAAUUGGUCCUGUAGAUAAUGAUGUUUCUGAAAGUACAGUUAGUAGUUUAUGUGAUAUUGCAUCAUCACGAUCGGAGAAUUCUGCUCACCAAGCUCCUGAAUUCAUAAUGGGAUCCGAAGAUGUUUCACCUCGGCAUUUGACCCAAACAGACCUUCCCGAAGCUGAGGUCAGUCUCUCUGAAGAAAUGGAUGUAAGUGGUUCUUCAGGGGAAGUGUGGUUCGAUGACCUUAACAACAAGACCUUAAAUGAGAGGAAAGGCAGCCUCACGUCAGUCCUGAGUCCUAGGGCUGAUGCAUAUCGUAAAGCAAGUGACAGCUGUGAUAGUGCGAAAUCUGAUGAUUCAGCUUCUCCAACUGAUUUGAUAGAAAAUAGAUAUAACUUACCGGAUGUGGUACAAAGUCAAGGACUUCAGCCUGAAUCUGAUAACAAAUUAGGAGAUCAAGUCAAAGGGAAAACACGUCGAAAGGAAAAUCCAUAUGCAAGGAUUUCCGAAGAUGGUUCAAUUUCAGAUGAUAGUCAAGAGGAGUCAUUUGAUCUUUCUUUGAAUUCUUUUAUUUCACCUUACGCUACAACUAAAUCUCUUGCCAAGAUUUCCAGCACACCUAAGAGUCACUAUAAAUCUAAAGCUGCUGAACUUAGCUGUGAUGGGAUUGAACCAGUUUAUGAUCCCUAUGCGACAAUUGACUCUCCAAAGGGAGAUAACUCUGAUCGUAGAAAGUCAGGGGGAAGUGAUAUAAACCCAUAUGCAACACUGAAUGAAGUUACUGCUGCUGACCUAAAUGAUGGUGUUCUGCACUCCUCUAAGGAUGUCCUGGUGGAGGCUUCGGGGGAACUGUCGGCACAGAGUUCUGUCGAUGUGGGUGACAGGAAGAGUCAUGGUGGCAUGAAAAUUCCUGAGAUAAGAAUCGAAGCACCAACUGAAGAUGAAGCAGAUGAAGAGGAUAGUAAGAAAGGUAAAUGUUUGGAUGAUCUCUAUGCCAAAGUGAUGAAGGAUCGGUCUAAGGGAGACGACCCAGAUACCUCAAAAGAUGAGACGAAUCUCAAUUCAUCAACAAGCCAGUCUUCAAAGGGAGAGAACUCUUUCACCACUCCGUCUGAAGAGGAGCUGUUGGGAGCCUGUGGAGGCUGUGAGGAGCUCUUGGACACAAAUGAUGAAGGGCCGCCGCUUCCAUCUCGAAGAUAUGAAAGGAGCAUUUCAAGUGAGAGCACUUUGCGGUCAUCCAAAGCUCUCAGUGCAUCCAAGUCUUCUCUGUUCACUAAUUUCAAAGACACGGCCCGAGUUCGGUUUCAAACGAUGCGUAAAGCAAUGAGCAUGGACAGAGGGCUGGACGAGGUAAACCACGACGAGAAAAAUAAGUCCGGGAAGAAGGAGAAAGGCGAGAAAGUGAAGGAGAAGAAUAAGGGAGAGAAGGAGAAGAAAGAGAAGAAGAAAAAGAGUGAUGGCAAGAUGAAGAAGGCGCCUUCUCUGAAGUCUUUGAGCUCAUUAUUUGGUAGGAAGAAUCGGGACCGCCUCUCAUCCGUGGAGGGUGAGGGAGAGGAAAACAUUGAUGAACCUGUUAAAAAAGGCAAGAAAGAAAGGGGUUUCUUCAAGUCCAAGAAGAAGAGACAGAUCUCUACACCCAUCAGUACCGUGGAUAUGCCGACCCACUUCCGGUGUAUUGGCAAACUGAAGGCAGUCAACCCUGAUGGCAGUCAGAUCAUAGAGCUGUCUAAACCUCCAGAUGGGCCUAUAGGCUUCUAUAUUGCCAAGGGCACAGUUAACUAUGAUUACGGUAUCUUUGUGUCAAGAUUCACUGACGAUCAGCAGAAACUCUUUGCUGGGAUUCUUGGAGUGGGAGAUGAAAUUCUUGAAGUAAAUGAUCAGUCAGUUCAAGACAAAUCCCUUGACGAUGUUUAUGCCCUCAUGGCAGAGACUGAUAAGCCAAUCAUGAAAGUCUUCCCAAUCGUAGCGAGAAAAGAAGUCUGAAGAAUAAGACCAAUGCUUGAUGCUUGAACAUUGCUGCUUGGUUAUCGAUGCUUGGACAUCAAUGGUUGGUCAAUGUUACUUUAAACAUUGAUGCAUUUUUGCUGACGUAGUCAAUGUUUGGACAUUGAUGUGAGGGAUAAGGACAUGAACAGUUUUCAGAACUGAAAUUUGUUUGCACAUUUUUGCUACAAGUUAAAUAGGUCCUCUACUUACAUAGGAUCUGCCCUUGAAGCCAUAACCUGUCCCCGAAGCUGGAUGCCUGUCCAUGAGGUUAGAACCUGUACCUGAGGCUAGUACUUGUUCCUGAAGCUAGAGCUGUUCCUGAAGCUAGAGCCUGUCCCCAAAGCUAGAGCCUCUUCCUGAAGCUAGAGCCUGUCCCCAAAGCUAGAGCCUGUUCCUGAAGCUAGAGCCUGUUCCUGAAGCUAGAGCCUGUUCCUGAAGCUAGAGUCUGACCGACCCCGAAGCUAGAACCUGUCCCCAAAGCUAGAACCUGUCCCCAAAUCUAGAGCCUAUCCCUGAGGCCAAAACCCUUUUCCUGAGGCUAAAACCUGUCCCUGAGGCUAGAGCCUGUUCCUGAGGCUAGAGCCUGUCCCUGAAGCUAGAGCCUGUCCCUGAAGCUAGAGCCUGUUCCGGAAGCUAGAUCUUGUCCCUGAGGCUAGAACCUGUCCCUGUAGCUAGAGCCUGUAGGCCUACCUGAGGCUAGAACCUGUCCUUAAGCUAGAACCUGUCCUUGAGGCUAGAGACAAAUGGGUAGUAACAGCAGGACAGAAAUAUGUUGUGUUUGUUUGAUGUUUGUAACUGGAAAUACUUUGUCUCAGGAUUAGCAGUGUCAGACAACUUUCGAACUCUGCUGCACUGCUUGACUAAACCACCAGUGUGUGGUGCUCAUGCAUCACAGAUACCCCAUAGAAUAGAAUGAUGUCUGAAACUGAUCUUAAUUGUACAUAUUAUCAUAGAUAUUUAUUUACUUUGUAAUGUAAAUAUGUAAAUGAAUAGACUGGAGACUAGAUUACAAUGUAUCACAAUUUUGUGUCAGUCUGUUGGAUAGAAUAUAGUACCAUAUGUUUAGCUGAGCUUCUAUGUUGAGGUCACUUAAGAUCUAUGCUGUAUUUUCUCAGGUAAUUAAAUCAGAACUUGCAUGUUUUAAUCUCGAUUGACCAAAUAAGGAAAUAGAGACAUUGUUUCAGAGAAGUUACUCCUAUAGGGUGUAUACCUAUCGCCAUGGAAACUGAAUGGAAGAUCUAGGGAAUUUGUAACUUAUUUGUUCCUCGAACAUGGAGAACCCAGUUUUGAUGCUAUUAUAAAUUGUAACUGAAUUACUUUUGGUGUUGCUUAGUUUUUCAAAUUCUAUUUUAAUUUUAAGAAAAGAAUUUAGAAAAAAAAUGAGAUUUUCAUAUUUUAUUUGUGCAAUGGAAAUUCUUCAGCAAAUAAGAAUGUUGAAAUACUCCUUGAAUUUGAAAAAGAGGAUAAUAAAUUGUAACAGGUAUGUACAAAAACAUAUUGUUGCCUUAAGUACUUGAAACACACAUUCCUAUUUUAAGAACGAAAAUGCUGUUUUGAUAUUCUAGCAAUGAAUAUAUUAAUUGGCAAAUAAUAAUAAUAAUUAGGAUACACUGUUCAAUAAAUGAUUCAAGAUGCUGUUCAGAAGAGAGCAUUAUAAAUCAAUCUUGAUAUUGAUAUGCAUUUAUUUGUAUUUUAUAUACAUCGCGUCACAACUUUGUGACAAAGGCAAUAUCUUAGCAGUGUUUAUAACAUGUGUAUAAACAGUAAGGAAAAGAUUUUCUGAGAUAUUGAAUUCUAGAUCAACAUGUUUUGAAUGAUGAUUCAAUAUAUACUGAACAAAACAAAUUAGGGACAAAUGUUUUUGGGGAUAUUUUUUUGAAGUGAAGACUGAAAACACAAUUUUAUAAAAAUAUCCCACAAAAUAUUCAUGGUCUCUUAAUUUUUAUUCUUCAGUGUAUUUAUGUUGUAAAUAUGUAGAAAAACCUACCAUUUGAUAUUAAACAAUGUGAGAUAUGCACAGUGCUUUUCAGCUGCAGCUAUAAGGAUAUGCCAUGGAAUAUUCACCCUCAUCAAUGGAUUGCUGAUAGUGUCUUUUAGAGAAUAUAGCCAUGUCAACUUAAAACAGUUGGGGAGUUUAUGAAUGUUUUAUCUGAAAUAUGUCAACACACACAAAGAAUUCCAUGUCGAUAUGCAGUUUACAUAUUUUGAAUUUCAUCUACUAGUAGUCGAAAUUAUUUAUUGUUAGAUUAUUUAUGAUUGAAAUUUGGUGUUAAAUGUGAUACCGUAUUCAAUGUAAUAAGCGCCCAGGGCGCUCUCAAAAUUAGAAAUAGGGGGCGCUUAUUAGAAUAUUAUUUUGAGUUGAAAGAUCGUAAAUUUCGUGGUUUAUGCUAACAGCCUGAA